AUGUCUGCUGAAGGUCCAUCUGAAGUCAAGCGCGCUCGUGACGAAGAUAUUGUGUUUCGGCUCCUUACUAAGGAGGAUAAGGAGUUCACGAUGUCGAAGAAAGCUGCUCAACUUUGUGGAACAGUCAAUCACUAUGCUGAGAAUACCGGUUUGACUAAUGAUGAGGCGAUCUCGACAAUGGAACCGAUGACUUUGCCAACUGUUUCAAACGAGAGUUUACACCAUAUCGUUCGUUGGUGCGAGCAGCAUCGCAAUUGUCCGGCUUGGGAGGAAGAGAAAUGGUGGCAAAACGAGCGUGACGCUGAAUUGACGAAAUGGGAAAACGAAUUUAUGGCAGAGCUGACAUCGGAGCAACUUUACAACGUCUUUUUGGCGGCCAAUUUCAUGGACAUCAAAUGCCUCCUCGACAAGUGCGCUCAAACCGUUGCCGACAUGAUCAAAGGAAAAUCGGUUGAAGAAAUCCGUGAGAUUUGGAUGCUUGAGAAUGACUUCACCCCCGAGGAAGAGGAGCAGAUCAAGAACGAGAACCCAUGGGAAGCCAUUCUUCGCUAUCAGGAGCAGCUCGAGAAAGACAAAGAAGAGCAAGCCAACUCCUCGUCGACUCAAGCU